UUGUCGGAUGAUUGGCUGCUAUCGAUAGGCUGUAGAUCAUCGUCUUUUCGACACGGCGCGACCACGUCGAGUCCUCUCUCUGCAACUCUGCAUCAUGCUGCAUUGUCGCAUCAGCAAUCUGUCAGGUCCUGAUGACGAGCCUCACUUUACAUGUCCUGCCACGGUGCGUCUCUCUCUCUCUGGUUUUCUCUCCCCUCUCUCCAUCCCUCCCCGGCAGUUGCAUGCAGAGCUUGCUCCGCCUCCCCCCGUGCCCCUUCGUGGCGUGGUGGUCUUUGAAAACGCCCAGGCACCGCUGCGGCAGGGACUGUGGGCCUUUCCGCUCGCUUUUGCACGCUAGCACUGGUGGCACUGGACCCUCUUUGCGCGUCUUAACUAGUUCCCACUCGAUACGACGCGCCGUCGCCUCGUCUACUACUGGCAGUCUGACACCAACAGCUUUUGCGCCAGCGUUUCGGCCACUGCGCCUUCCGUGCCUGCUGCCGCCGCCAUUCGCUGCGACGCCAUGUUUCGUGCUACUCUGACAGCCUAGAACCGCGACGUUCCUGAGUAAAAGCUCGUCAGGGGCACCUCGCAGCCAUUGACAUCAAUGACAUCCUACGGCGCUUGCUGAGUGCCUGUGCAACGG